CAAGCCUCGACCAUCUCUUUAGAUUCAAUAGUUCCAUCACUACCGUCAUCACCACCACCACCAUCACCACCACUACUUUCAGGAAGUCAGGAUAAAUUAUUUUUGCAAUGAUUCCUUGAAUAUCUCACUCGUUACUUGACUUUUCCAAGUACUAAGAAAAAUGUAGCCACUCGUGUGAUAUCUCACGGCAUACCACUCGAAAGCAUUGCAUGACUAGUAUACAUUCUUGCUUCGACCCUUAAAAUAGUGGUCUUAUUCUAUUAUUAUUUCUUCUUCUAUAUGUGUAUUCUGUGUUUUCAGUCACGUGGCCAGCAUCUAUGCAAAUUUAUUGGAACAAAAGAAAGCGUUUACAUAAGAAAAGAGUUCAACUCCCGUAGGACUGGUUUGGGACACAAUCAUGGCCGCCGUUUCAUUGUUUUGGGACACAAAUAUGGCCGCCAUGACGUCAUGCGAAAACACAAUAUUACCCGUUUUGUCAUAAAUGGCUUUUUAUUGUAAAGCCUUUUUCAAGGGGUGUCAAGAAGUGUGUAAACUUAUACCCAGACCUCGCUGACGUCCCUGUCAUUAGGUUUUUGGAAAUGUGAGAAGUUUAGAAUUAUAAUUGUAUAUCAUAUUAUUGGAUAUACACAUCCGUCUAACAAAAUGUUUUCCGUUGAAAUUUAGGAACCAUAGAGAAAAGAGAACGUCUUCUCCUUAGCCACAGCCGCCGCUCCUUACGACGAUUAUUACGAUCUUCACCACCUUCACCAACCUAUGCUAAUCCACUUAAAAUAUGCUUGGUAGAAGAAACUGGUAAGUAAUGUUUAAAUUAAGUUUUUUUGUAUUAUUAUUUUAUUAUACCUUUCGUGCCAUUGUUGUAUCUUUAUAUCUUCUUAUUUUGGGUUAGCUAAGGAUUAGUAUUACAGCGUCCUGGAAAUUUUAUAAGUACCAGGCUUUUGGACACCACUAUCUUUGCAAGUUGCGUCGCUGUCUUCUCUCAUUUGGGAUUAACACAAUCUUAAUCUGGUUUAAGACACGAAAAGGUGUACGAAAAGGUGCUAACUUCGUUUACGAGAAAACGCGAUUCACAUUUCUUUGUAAAGAACUGGCGGGCUUUGUACAAAACACGGUUCCAUUCAAGAUUGAAGUUGACUCAAUGUAGCGCAACAGUUUUUAUGUGAAUUGGCAAACUGAUUUCCUCUACCAACAUUUUAACCCUUAAGGUGGCUCCGUAAUUAAUACAAGACCAUUUAGCUGUGACAAAUUUUCCGUCAUAACUUUUCGCUUUUUAACGCGAUGGCUGCGAAACUUUACAAAGAAUAAGAGAUAUCAUUCGGCAAUAAUACGAAAUAUUCUGAUUUCAUUGAUGGUAAAUAUUUCUUGAGAAAUUAGCGCUUAAAAGAACCCUACUGUUCAAAGAAAAUCGCGUCUAGUAAAAAAAAUUGCUGAUAUUUUUUACUGAAAUUUCUGGUAUCGGCUUUAAUUGAUAUAAUAAAUAUGCCAGAGGAACUUCAGAAAAAUCGUUGGAGCAGAAGUCCGUAACUACCUCGUAUCAGAGCUCGGAUAGAACAGUCCAGCACAUUUGUUUAUGACUACAAAAUGAGCACAAGCGGCAGUUCUGCGAGGAAUUCGCACCUCACCCAGGGGGGACGAACGACAAUGAUACCUAUGCCUGUGAACCGAAUAACAUCACAGUGCAAAAUAAAAUUAUUGCAAAAAUACUGCCCGUGAAUAAAUUUAAAACUCUGAAAUUUUUGUCACUCCUCCCUUCAAUGAAUGGGUAUUUUUUUCUUGAUUAUUAUGUUUUGCUCUGCAAUACAUGUCUAUACAGAUCGGUUCACAGACAUGGGCAUCAUUGUCAUUCGUCCCCCCUGGCUGAGGUGCGAAUUCCUCGCAGAGCUGCCUCUCGUGCUCAUUUUUGUAGUCAUAAACAAAGGUGCUGGACAGUUCUGUCUGAGCUUCGAUACAAGGUAGCUUACAAUCCCAAUACCUUUAUCCUGAAUUGGAAACAACGUACAGCAGGAAAAGCCGUUGAGGAUGCAUUGCAAUACAUCAAAAUGUAUGCAGCAGGAGUUUGAACCAAAACUGCCUUGAGAUAUUUUAAAAAUGUCGAGGAACAAGUCAUUCGACGUCAGAGCAAAGUUUGGAGCAAUUUUUAGUGCUUCUAAGGGCCUGUUUACAUGGAGGUGGGGGACCCCAGGUAGGUGAGGUAACCCGCUUAGGUGAGGAAACCCGCCUGUCCAUAUAAUCUCUCAUUUUCAUUUGAUCACGUUUACAUGAUAGGUGGGGUGACCCGCCAAGGCGGGUAGCCCGGUCUACCAGACCGGGUUACCCUCUCAGCCGGGGUCACAAUUUGUCAUGUAAACGUUUCAAGGUGGGGUAACCCGCCUGGCCGGGGUCGGAUUCGUGAUACAUCAAAUUCGCGCAAAAUUCACUUUCGCGGUGUCUUUGCAUUAUGAUUAAAGUUAACAAUAGAAAGCUAUUGCACUGACGGGUUGCAGCAAGAGCAACAAGUGAGUGAAAAAGUGUAUUAAUCGCCAAAAUUCGUGGUUUGCCAGCAUUUUUCUUGUUUACGUGCUUAGCGACCAUUCAAUAAUCUUGAGAAAGUGCAACCCGGGAAGGCGGGGUUGUAAGAUUGCAUGUAAAGGCGGGUUAUUUUUUUACCUCACCUAAGCGGGUUACCUCACCUACCUGGGGUCCCCCACCUCCAUGUAAACAGGCCCUAAAACUGAAAAGUACCUUUUAAAGAAUAGCACGAUAGGCAAUCGGCUACUGUUUUCAGAAUUAGCAAACACUGAAUUUACUUGUACCGAAAAUUGAAACUGGUGUUUCCUUCUUCCUGAUAGUAAUUUAUUUUUGAAAUUCCAAAACAAUUUCACAGCUGAAUUUUGAGCGACUUUGAGUUACGGACUUCUGCUCCAACGAUUUUUCUGAAAUUCCUCUGGCAUAUUUAUUAUAUCAAUUAAAGUCGAUACCAGAAAUUUCAGUAAAAUAUAUCAGCAAAAUUUUUUACUGGACGCGAUAUUCUUUGAACAGUAGGGCCCUUUUAAGCGCUAAUUUCUCAAGAAACUUUUUACCAUCAAUGAAAUCGGAAUAUUUCGUAUUAUUACCAAAUGAUAUCUGUUGUUUUUUGCAAAGUUUCGCAGCCAUCGCGUUAAAAUCGAAAACGUUAUGACGGAAAAUUUGUCACAGCUUAAUCCUCUUGUAUUAAUUAUGGAGCCACCUUAAACCCUGGAGAUGUCUAGCUACAAUUAGAAAGACAGCUAAUUAGUUGUUUUUAUUUGGAAUCACCAUUCAGUCUAAUACAAAAUCUCAGUAAAUAAGACGAUGUCGAAGACCGUAUGCAGAUACUUAAACCCAUUUUAGAUUAAUCAGAAUACAAAUAACAGAUAAUUUAACCCUAUUCAGACCAGGGAGGUUCUUUUGAGGCCCCCCUUUCCUAGCGUGUACGUUAGCGCCCCCUUGUCAACAAAGGCAAGCUUAGCUCUGCCCGCCCCCUGAUAACUCGUAAAUUUUGACGAGCCCCGCCUCCCCAUCUCACCACCACCACUACCACCCUCCACUUACAUUUACCUAGUUGUUCCUUUUGGGCUGAAAAUUUCUUAUACGUUAUUUGAUUUUUGGCUAUUCCUGUUGAGGCGCGCAUGGCUGAGCGGUUAACCACUGGAACUCUAGAUCUGGAAGUCCGGGGUUCAAGCCUCGCCCGUCGCGCUGUUUCCUUAGACGAGGAACUUUACUCCACUUUAUUUCUCUUUACCCAGGUGUAUAAAUGGGUACCGGCAAGAUCCUUGAGAUCCUGAAUCCACGCCUGUUGUGUUAUAUAGAAAUAAGCUAAAACAUCACGUGACUAGAAUUGUACAUGGUUUUGGUGCAAAUUACAAUGAGACCUUUGCUAUAUUUUGAUGACAUACAAAUAAUGUUUUGUUCAUAUUAGAUCAGCUAAAAAAAGUCAGCAUUAUUGGUUGUCUUUUCUAUUGGCCUUUAAGUAAAAUAACAAUACAUUCCAACAAAGGUGGUUGUCGGCCAAUCAGCGGCUUGUAAAAAAACAAUAAGUAACUCGAAGCACAAAGUUUAAUAUUGAUUGCAAACGUUUUUCAGGAAGGCAAAAUGUUUCAGCAGACAAUGUUUUUCUAUUCGAAACUUUGCAUACAACACCCAGGAGACAUAUUUCUUUGGCACUAGCUGUUAUUUUGUCAUCUACCAGCAAUUUCUUCGCUCCUAUUGCCGCGCUUUGCAAUAACAUGCGACCGCACGUCAGAAAUAUAACUACCGUUUACGUUUUUCGCCUCCGUCACUGAUUCUAACGGACCUCUCGGAAAACACGUACUUUCUUUGGCGGCUUCAAAAGGUCACGUUUGUAUCUAUGUGAAUUUGUCGAACUCAUCACCUCUAUCUAAAUUCACCUCCUACACCCUGGAAAUGUGUAUUCUGCGAUUAGAAAGACGGCUAAAUAAAUUGAAAUUAGUUGUAAUUAAUGUACCAUCGAAAUGCUGUUAGGGACUGUGCAAUAACUAUCAGAGGGAGGGGAGGGUGGGGCUUACAAAAUGAUCACUUAUAAAUUAUGACGAACCCACCUCCCCCACCUUCCCCACCUUCCCACCACCACUACUAUACCAGCCAUCUAGUUAACAUGAAUUCAUUGAUUUUGUACCAUAACGUUUUCCACUACAGCGUCAGGAACGAACAGCACCUGAAAACUACGUUCGGCAAAGCCAUCCAUUUCAGAACAGUCCGAUUCCGCAUAAUUUUCUAAAUGGCCCUGUGAAUUAAUGGCUUGCUGCUCCGAGUCAUAUACCGUAAAAUUCCGAAAAAAGGCCUGGAGGCUUAUAUUUUUCAAAGGCCCUUUUUCAGGGGUUUAUUUUUGUAGGGGCUUAUCUAAGGAGGGAAAUUUGCGUCUCAACAUAAGUAAAUUUACUUUAUUUUGCUUUGUUUUACUUUGUAUUUGAGAGCAAUUUUCCAAUUAAAAGCCCCCGGGGGGCUUAUAUUUGGAGGGGCGAUUUAACGGAGGUUUUUUACGUUACCGGUUUGUGGGGGGGUUAUAUUUGGAGGGGCUUAUUUUCGGAAUUUUACGGUACGUCAUUAUAAUUUCAUGAUAUCAAGUUUCAGCUAUCAACCAUGCCAGGGGGCAAAUCCAGUUAACUAAGUGUCCCUUUGAGCGAACAAUUUCUCUUAUAUUAUUCUAUAAUAUUCUAAUGAAUAGACCUCCUAAAGCAUUAAAUGAGAGAAACAUUAAUAACUUGACAACAUCAAAGAAAACGUUGGAGGAGGAGCUGUUUCCCUUUUUUUGAAGUCGGUACUAAAGUCCUUAGACAAGGUUGGUGUUUGUACAUCUGUGUGUGAAAAUGUACAAGAGUACAAUAAGAAAAGCCCUUUUCAGGGGACGUAAAUAACACAAAAUGGUCCUGUAGAGUUGUGAAGAAGAUAUCAAACAAAUUUCAGAUUUCUUGUUGUCUUGUUUGAAAAGAGAGUAAAAUUUUAGUUUCUUAGUUAGUUGAAUGAGAGAGGAUUGAUGUGUUUUAGCUAUCUUAAGAAUAUUUUGUGUCAAAUUAAAUAUCUCUAAUUUAUUUAUUUGUUGAACAUCAUUAAGUCCUGUGGUGUUUGUUUAUCCUUCUUUGCAAAACUGUGAGCGUAUUUGGUAUGCGGAAGAGAUAAAGGAAUGAUUUUCUGUAUUUGCUAAUGUUUUUGAUAUGACGAGACACUGCUUCGCAAUGCUAUUUUCGGGUAGUUCUUCUAAAUGUUCCUAGAACCUUGAGGAUAUUCAAAUAAAUUGUUGGUUUUAAAUAUGUUUGCCCAACUUCCUUUCGAGCGACAAUAUUGGCAGCCCCUCUGCUUAAUCCAAGAAAGUAUUUAUAAUUGAAAUCUUUCUACAGGGUCCUGUUCCCAUUUAUCAAGAUUCAGUUUGUCAAACGCACCCCACACUUCUGAGGUAUACCACAAUAUAGGUUUGAACAGUGUGUUAAAAAAGUUUGUUGCAAGUAUCAAUUGAUAAUUUUUGGAAGUCAAGAAAACAUUUUGUUGCAAAAAUACAGCGUCUACAUUUUUCGAUCAGUUUUCACUUUGAAUUUGAGAAGUUACCAUUAGGAAAAAAGGAAAGUCCUAAAUAGGAAUAGUCUUGUGAAAUUUCAAUAUGGUCAUCAUCUAUGAAAAAGGAAUUUUUCUCAAGCGUUGACGGCAUUGUUUCUCAAAUAUCAUGAUUUUUGUUUUUUUUUUUAGAUUUAUGGGGAGUUUCCAGUUUUUGCAGUAUUGCUGAAAGAUAUUUAGGCUUGUUCUGAAGACCAGUAGCACUACUUGAGAAUAAAACUACAUCAUCAGCAUAGAAUAAACAGCUUAAUGGUAAACCAUUUGCGAGAAUAAUUGGGUCAUUAAAAUUGCAUGCUUUUAAUGGAUUGGGAAUUUCAUUCAAAUAUAAAUCGAAUAGAAGAGGGUAAAGGACACAUCCUUGUCGUACACCUCUUCCAUAGGUAAAAUAAUCAGUUCUUUUCUUCCCACAUUUUAUGCACAUUUCGUUCGUGAAUACAUAUUUAAGAGAUUGUUAUAGACUGAACCCGUUAUGCCGUAAUGUGAAAGUUUCUUAAAUAGUCCAGGGUGCCAUACGGAGUCAAAAGCUAUAAAAUCUAUAAAACAGCAGAAGAGUUUACCUUAAGGUGUAUGGGUUACAUUCUUAUCAAUAAUGGUACGUAAUGAAAAGAUAUAAUCAGUAGUGCGAAAUCCUAGGAGAAAUCCAAUCUGGGAAGGAUGUAGCAGGCUGCGUUCUUGUAUGAAAUUGUGUUAUCUUUGAUUCAAGAUGGAACAAAAUAAUUUGUUUAAACAGCUAGAGACACAAAUUCCACGAUAGUUCGAAGGAUCAGAUUUGUCACCCGAUUUAUAGAUUCCAGUAAUCAUUCCUUUUGACCAACUGGCAGGGAAAUAUCUAGCCUCCCACGCAGGCGUUUUUAGGGGAGCUCGUAUUUCGUCCCUCCCCACAAGAAAUACGAGCUCCCCUAAAAUCGCCUGCGUGGGAGGCUAGGAAAUAUCCAGAUUUUAGGAUAGUGUUAAAAAGAAUGGAUAAUGAGAAUGCAAGGUAAUGAAUACCACAUUUCAACAUUUCGUUGCGAAUUCUAUUUAGGCCAGGUGCCUUUUUAGUUUUACGUUUUUUGCUAGCUGAUAUGAUGUCAGUUUCAGAAAUGGGGUCAUCAAGUUUGUUUAGAGGAUCACUAGUAGCUGGUCUUUUGAGUUGGAGUCAUAUAGUUUAUCAACGGGAAUCGGGUUGUUGAUUUCUGGAUUGUGGUCUUUUAAACAAGAGAUCUAGGUACGAGAUUACUAGUAAAACUCGAGACGAAGCCGAGAGUUUUUUCACCGUCCUGAUAAUACACGAUUGCGAGCUUGUUGAACGGCUUCGAAAUCUCUGAUAUAGACCAGCAGCCUAUUCCCCGUCCUAGGACGCUUGCGUGACUCAAGCCCGAGCGGUUACAGGGUCUUGAACGCCACUCUGUCUUUGCAAGCUGUAUCGCUGACUUUUCAAUUUUCACUCAAAAUUAACAGAAUUAUAAUCUAGUUAAUUGUUAUUGUUAUUCUUGUUUCACAAUUAAAGAUAGCUCAAAAAUAGCCAUGAGGGAAAACCCACCUUCGAGGUACACACGAAUUUCAUCUAACAUUGUGACCAACAGAGAAGAUAAAGUAUUCAAUAUUGGACCAAGCGUUACACUGGCUUGUCCUCCUGGAGCUCUUGAUAGUCGCCUGCGAACCUUGAGCAUAACUGUGCACUUAGACGACCCUUCCAAGUACUAUGGACUAAUUGUUCGGAGGGAUCUUGAAAAUGAUGUCAUGUUUGGUGCACCCGUCAUUAAUAUUGAACCCACUGGACAUUAUUUCAAGAAACCUUUGACGCUGGCAACAAAAGUUGAGAGUAGAUUUAGUUGUCACGACGUUUUCAUUUUACACGGAUUUAAGGCCAGGGAAGGAAAUAUUACUUGGCAUGACAUAACUCACAACUCGAGGAUUGAUGAGGCAAAUGCAGGAGUAGACAUUGAAAUUUAUCAUUUUUCACUCAUUGCGAUUUUGUUAAGAUUAGGCAGAUCUACUUUGCUUUGUACCAAAGACAUUGUAACAAGGCUCAACUUGGUACCUUUUAAUUACACUUUGUCUGUGUUGCUAAAGAGCAAUCCCUCUUCAGUGCAUGAUGAACUUGCUCUUCUGUUCGUCAGCCAAGAUGUCUAUUGUGAGCAAUUCUAUAGAGAAGACGAGACGUCGUCUGCUUUGAUGCUACUUAAAAAAGAAGGAUUCAAAGAACUGCACGUACGUUCCGUUGCUAGCGAGGAGGAAAAAAGCAUCUACAACAAUGAAACCCUUCAGAUUAACAUUCACCUUGGGGAAGACUACAAGCUAGCUAACAAGGAGCAAGAAAGUAUUUGUUUGACCGUAAAUUCUUAUGAUUGGUGGCAUGAAGGAAAAGUUAUGAGAAUUCCUCUUGAGUGGAAAAAAAAUGUUAGAAGUCUGUGUGGGAAGGUCAGUGUGACAGGACAGUAUGGACAUACAAGUGAGAGGCAUUUCAGAGAACGGGGUUAGUGUGAGAGCUUUAACAUCUUAAACACACGAUGACUUAUAUUAAUUUUUAUGAAAGAAUGUUUGACAUUGUUGAAGAAGUGAUGCGCAUAUUGACAUUGAAUUCAAACACUGAAAGCAAUACCUAGAGUUAAAAAUAUAAUAUCCUAAAGCAUCCUAAGUCCUAGUACAAUAUUUUUCUCUCCACAGAACUGUGUGGCUAUGUAAGAAACCUACUAGGUGUAGAGGGAGUCAUUUUCAACGUUAUUCCUAUUGCUCAUUUGCUUGGGAUUCCCGAAGAGUCCAUUAAUCAAAUUGCUAAAUCUCAAAACGAUGAAGACGAAGAUCUGGAAAUGAUUUUAGAAGACUGGUCAAAGGAGAGAGAUUUCGUUGAUAACCUUGCUGUUCUCAGGAAAAGUCUCGAAAGCUUAAAACAAAAGGGUAAGUUGUCCAAAAUGUUCGUUCUCUUGUAGGUCCUGGAUGGUCAUAAAACUGUAGUUAUGUUGCCAAAAGAACAAAAUUACUAUUCAAAUUACAUCGUUAACUAUAGAUUUUUUUCUGUCUAUUGGAUUUCUUCUCUACUAACUUUAACUUGCGCCAGUUACAAAGGAAUGAUUAUCCGGCUUUUAAAAAUGUCGGUAGCUCUGCCAUCACGGAACGAACACGAACAGGAAAUUACUCAGAAGAUUUAUAACGACUAAUACACAGAAAAUUCACUUGCAACAUAUAGCACACUACCUCUGUGUACUUACUUUGCCCUUCCCUGUGUAGCAUGUGUGUUUAGCAUAGAUGUCCAAUCUAUUUUGGUCCGUGCAGGUCCGUGCACACUCCGGCCAAUCUAAUUUUCCAUUUUUCCAACAAAAACGGAGAAAGGAAAUAAUACUUACCCUUAUCAUAUUUGCAUAUUUCAAAAAAAAAGAAAAAAAGAAAAUGGUCAGGGAAAAUCAAUCAUUUUUUCAUUUUUCUAAUUUUGAAGUUAAAUUCAAAAAUACAAAAAAUACUGUUAACGGCUAAAAGCGAUAUUUUGCUAUUUUUAUUUCCUUGAUAUUGUUAGAAAAGUGAGGGAAAAAAAUAAUCUCCGAGUCCUAGAUCAUUUUUCUAUUUCUCCGUUUUUCCCAAAAAAUAGAAAAAGAGAAAAAUGAAAAAAUCAUAUUUAUUCGCACCAUUUUUUCAUAUUUUCUAUUUUGUUCAAAACAUGAAAAAAUUGAAAAAUGGCAUACCUAUCGCCUCAUUUUCCAUAAUUCCAUUUUAGCAAGAAAAGUGAAAAAAAUGACAAGUGUUGCGAAUAAUUUUUCCAUCUUUUCAAUAAAUAGAAAACAAACAAACAGACAAAAACGGACAAUUUUUCAUCUUUUGUUUUGAUGAAAAAUAGCAAAGAAAAAUGACAAAUCAUGACCAUUUACCAAUAAAGAAAAGAAAAACCUAAUCCACUUUAGACUAACUAGUUUUGUCAGACGAUUUACACAGUGUCGGCGGAGUCGUGGGAUGGGGAGGGCGGGUGGGGGCCCUUUAGUUAUCGGAAUGCGAACGUAGUUUCAUUCACGUUUGGAUUUGAUUAGCUGAUUCCGAGUGUACCUCAUUACUUAGGACUCACUCUGUGACCUGUUCUAACACUGCGUCACCAUAAAGUGUUCCUGUUGCAUUAAAACUGUGGAACGUUUCCCCAUACUUGUUGCAUGGGUGUCCCGACAUUAGCGAUCUUUGCUCUCGUCUUUCCAGGGCUGAGUUGCUUAAAAGGUGGAUAACGCUAUCGGCUGGAUAAAUAACUAUCCAGUGGAUAACGCAAUUGGUUUCCCUAAAAUACAUAAAACAUUAUCAGGCCGCUGGAUAGUGAUUUAUCCGGUGGAUCGUCGCUAUCCAACGUUUAAACAAAUGUAUGAGCAAAUGUAUGGGCCAGAUCAUUAAGAUGUUCUCUCUCGCGAGUGUAUACUAGGCGCCUCGUGAUGUUUCUCCUCCAUAAUAUUAAUUCAAUAUACUUUACUCUUGCAAUCCUAAAACACCCGUUCUGCGGCAAGAUUCGUUAUUUCGGCAGGCUAAGCAGUCUACUUUUAAGCAUCUAUUUCAUUUAAAAGCUUCUGACCUCUUUACUGGCGUGCUUUCUAUUUAUUUUGUGCACGUGACUGUUCAACGACCUUCUUCUUAACUCCUUCCCCUUAAUCUCUCUCACGAACCGCUUUUUUUGUGCUGGGACCAUAGUGUUCCUGGCAGUAAAACCGUUGAUUUACCCCCCCCCCCCCUUUUCCCGUACCAAUUUUCACGCCUUCUCGUAGCUCCUCCCUCGUACCCUUUCUAAUAUUCUUCAUUUCCACGGUCGGUACGGUAUUCCCGCCGCUUUCAUCCACAGUCGACUCCCGACACCUCAAACCUUCAGGGAAAUCGAGAUCAAAAGUGAAUGGAACUACGUCCGCAUCUCGAAAACUAAGCCGCCCCCCCACUUAAAAUUCCCCCACAUCUCCGCCGACCCUAACCAAAUUAGUCAGUCGAUAGUGGAUACGAAUUAGGUUUUUCUUUUCUUCACCGUUAAAAUAUUCAUAACUUCUCACUUUUCUGCGUCAUUUUUCAAUAAAAUAAAAAAUGAAAAUGUCUGAAAGGGUGUAUCGUUUUAAAGUUUUUCUAUUUAUCAAAAAAAAAAAAAGGAAAAACAGAAAAUUGCUCGCAACACUUAUCAUAUUUUCCUUUUUCUUGCUAAAAUGGCAUUAUGGAAAAUUAGGCGAUAGGUUUGCUAUUUUUCUAUUUUUUGAACAAAAUGGAAAAAAUGAAAAAAUGGUGCAAAUAAAUAUGAUUUUUUCAUUUUUCCGUUUUUUUAUUUUUUGCGAACAACGGAAAAAUAGAAAAAAGAGUUAGGAAUCGGAGAUUAUUUCAUUUUUCUCAUUUUCUAACAAUAGCAAGAAAAUAAAAAAAUAGCAAAAUAUCGCUUUUAGCCGUUUACAGUAUUUUUUGUAUUUUUGAAUUUGACUCUAAAAUUAGAUAAAUAAAAAAAUGAUCGAUUUUCCUGACCAUUUUCUUUUUUUCUAUUUUUGUCUGUACUUUAAAAUAUGUAAAUAUGAUAAGGAUAAGUGAUAUUUCCUUUUUCUGUUUUUGUUGGAAAAAUGAAAAAUUAGAUUGGCCGAAGUGUGCACGGAUCGCAUGCGCCGGCCCUCCAAUACAAAUUUGCAAUGGCGAAUUAUAAGACUGAUUUAAGGCGUAACACAAAAACGAUUUUUUUUUAAACAAAUUAUUCGGUGUCGUUCUGUAGAAACGGAAGUCACCGAAUUGGUAGGCGAAAUGUCAUGGAAUCUAUAGAUGGUUUUCACAGUGCCUUCAUCAAAUUGUAAAGUCAAAAUAGCGAGGUUUUAGGAAUUCUUAUUUACACUAGGUUGAAGAUAAACAAAAAGUAAAUCUUUGUACAAGUGUCCAUUCCUGUAGCAUGUUUCAUUUAGAAAAUACAGCAAUUUGAACUUCCGAGAAUUCACAGUGCGUGAUAGCAAAAUAGGAAUGCUGUCUCGCUGAAAAAAAGUCUCUCCUCCUUGAUAAGAUUUUCAGCAGUAUAACCAUUUCAAGUAUUAGAGGAUAUGUUUAUGCACACGUAUGGUAGUUCUCAAGUGAAAAGACAGAGCUUUUAUAGAAAACGUGAACUCCAGAUGUUUUUCGUGCACUCUUUUUUUGUCAAAUUGGAACAAAGAACCUGACGAAGAGUAAAUUUAUCCUUGAAGCGAGAUUUUUCACAUGUUGGACAAUGACAAGUGAAAAAUGCACACAGCUUACGUGCAAGAAAACAAAAGUAUAUAUCUAUCUCUGUAUGAAAACCUUUUUGAAAACGAAAGUGUAUAUAUAUAUUCCUUAGACGAAUUUUUUUUGUCUUCUUAUAAUGUUUAGUAAAUUGCGUCCCCUGAAAAAGUUUUUGAACGCGUCCUGUUUGUAUCUUCCAAGAUUUAAGUUAAUUCCAUUCAUCUGUAAAAAAAUUCUCAGUCGCGAAAACGGAUGAUUAGAACCACUUACCACUGUCCCCCAUUCUGACAGGUUUCGUUUUUAAAUAUUUAUUCUCACCAGAUAUCAAAGUAACAGAAAGAGGACAGAUGUAUAUAAGGCACGUAAGAAAACUUGCAAGCAAAAUCUCGGGUUUGCAAUGCAUGAAUGCUGAUUCACAGAGCUAUUUUAUCCACAAAAUACAAGCCCUUUGCAAGUCUGUUUUCAGGGACUGUUGCAUUGAAUUAGAAAGUUAUUCCGACGAUGUUGAAAGAGCAGCCUCCUUUACAAAUCACGCAGAGUAUCUCAUUCAGUCAAUGGAGAUUCUUAGUCCAAUCCCAGAAGAUAUUGCAGAAAAGUACCAUCAAUUACUUGCAGAGUCGUCGCAAGAAUCCAUCAUCAAGACAUUUAUUGUGAUUGUCCCUUUCCUGAUUCAGAACAUAAAGGAUAUCUUUAUAGAGGACAGGAUGUCAGAAGUUCCCCAAAAUGGCUUAAGAGGGCUUCCUAAGGACAAACUGGGCAAUUUUGUGUCUGCUGUGCGGAAUGCUGAAGAAAACGACAAUUUGCCCCAGCUUGUUUGCGAGUUCUGCAACAUUCUUGAGCAAUUGUGCACGGCAAAUUAUGACCGUAAUCAGCCAAUCACGGAAUUUGAAAAGUGGAGCAAAAGUCUGGCAGUUCUCCCAAUGCUGAACUUUCUGAAGUCGUUUUUCCAGUACUGUCCGCAAGAUAUAAGAUUGCACAAGAGACUUGAUCUGUUUUCUUGCAGCAUUAAAGACAUCAUGGCCAACCGUGAUAAAAUUGAUGAUUUCUCUGUACGUGAUCUCUCCAAUGUUUUAUUGAGUCUGAUUCACUUCGCAAAGUUUGAUCCUUCAAAACUAGUGAGGUUUGAACUAAGUGACUCAAAAAAUGUUCCUUUGUCCUGUUCCCGUGAAGGAGUCAAGUAUGACCAAUUCGAUAACACGUACUCUGAGUUGUUCCGCAUCAAGAAACAGUCCAACGAUGAGCUUCACCUACAUGCUUUUGCACGUGUGUACGUCAAUGGAGAUACCUAUUCAAAAGGAACUUUUCAGUCAACAGCCAUGCUAGCGGCUUCCAGCAAGAAUGCUCUCAAAGAAUGUGUAACCUGUUUUCACGAUGUCACAGUAGUGAUGACGGAAGUCAAAGGUUCGUCGAAUCUCCGCGUUGUCUUUUUUUCUACACACAAGGAGAAACUGUUGGAGCUACUAGACGUCCUGAGAAAAGAAUUGAGAGCGCAUGUAGUAGAUUUGAACAGGUCAGAAGUCACACAGUGCCCUCUUUCGAUGCGAAGUGUGACAUCAAAGACAGAUGCGGUUCUUAGUCUGCGUUUAGUUUACGAAUGGGGGUCUGAGGCAGUUUUUCUUGACAGCAAAGAUUUCGUGAUGUCUAGUCCAAGUACAUGCCACGUUCCACGUGUGGGUAAGUUCAAAGUAUUCGUCGUCACGGUGUUCUUUGCAAAUCAGGUUAGCCAUUUCUUAUUUACGUUUUUGACCGCGGAUAGUGAGAGGUACAACAUAUUCUACACUGAUCCUACUUUACAUCCAUGA